AUGAGCAAGGGGAAAGUCUGCCUCGCCUAUUCAGGCGGCCUUGACACAAGCUGCAUCCUGAAAUGGCUUCUCGAGCAGGGGUAUGAGGUGGUGUGCUUCCUUGCCAAUGUUGGCCAGGAAGAAGACUGGGAUGCUGUAAAGGCCAAGUCCGCGAAGCUUGGUGCCUCAAAGAUGAUCAUUGUCGAUCUUUGCAAGGAGUUUGUCGAGCAGCUUUGCUUCCCUGCUAUUCAGUGCAAUGCGCAGUACGAAGGUCGUUACCUCCUUGGUACGAGCCUGGCGCGACCCGUCAUUGCCCGUGCUCAGAUGCGGGUUGCCAAGCAAGAAGGAUGCGACUAUGUCUCUCACGGCUGCACCGGAAAGGGCAACGAUCAGGUUCGGUUCGAGCUUGCCUUCCUCACCAUCGACCCGAAGAUCAAGAUUAUUGCACCGUGGCGUCUACCCGAAUUCUUUAACCGCUUCCAGGGCCGCGUGGACCUGCUUGACUAUGCCCAUGCCAGUGGAAUCCCGGUCACAUCGACCAAAGCUAAACCGUACAGCAUGGAUGACAACUUCGCCCAUUGCUCGUAUGAGAGUGGCCAGCUGGAAGACCCGUCGCAGCCACCACCAGUUGACAUGUGGACCCGAACUGUGGACCCCGAGAAAGCCCCAAACAAGUCCCAGGAUAUUCAGAUCUUCUUUGAAAAGGGCAUUCCUGUAAAGCUGUCUGUGGACGGAAAGGACUACACCGAUAGCGUUGAGCUGUUUGCGAAGGCCAACGAGAUUGGCAAGGAACAUGGCAUUGGCAGAAUCGACAUUGUUGAGAAUCGGUUUAUCGGGCUCAAGAGCCGUGGAUGCUACGACUCUCCUGGCAUGACGAUUCUGCGCCUUGCCCAUCUUGAUCUUGAGGGUCUCGUUAUGGACGGAAAGGUUCGCUCGCUUCGUGACCAGUUUGUCAGCCAUAAUUGGUCCGAGCUGCUGUACAACGGCAUGUACUUCUCUCCAGAGCGGGAAUUUAUCGAGAAUUCUCUUGUCUUCUCACAGCAGCGAGUGAACGGCGAGGUUCGUCUCCGCUGCUACAAGGGCAAUGCAUAUGUCCUUGGCCGGAGCUCGGAUGAAAAGCUUUACUCCUCAGAGGAGUCGUCUAUGGAUUCUCUUGUUGACUUCAGCCCCGUUGAUACUUCUGGCUUCAUCAACAUUAACGCUAUCCGUCUUAAGAAGUAUGGGAUUCAGAAGGCCGAGGCCGGAGAAGAUCUCUCUCGUUCGUAA